AAGGUUUCUUCAUUGUGUGAAGGCUCACAUCCAUAGAAUUUGAUGAAACUCAGUUCUAAUCAGUUUUAGAUUUCGUUUCUUUCUCUUCCUAUCGAGUUUCGGUUGCUUAACCUUCACAAUUCCGGCUCACUUUGAUCCAUCACCGCAGAAAUGGCUAAUAUUGCCGUGCAGAGAGUUAAAAGGGAAUUUAAGGAUGUGAUGAGGUGCGAAGAGAUUCAAAACUGUGACAUCAAGGUGGAGUUGGUGAAUGAUAGUUAUUUGGAAUUGCGAGGAUGGAUUGGUGGCCCACCUGGAACCCCGUACGAAGGCGGGAAGUUCGAACUUGAAAUCAAAAUCCCAGAUUCGUAUCCAUUCAAUCCUCCAAAGGUUCGAUUCACCACUCAAAUCUGGCAUCCGAACAUCUCGUCUGUUACCGGUGCCAUUUGUUUGGACAUAUUGAAAGAUCAGUGGGCAGCUGCAAUGACUCUCAGGACCGUUUUGCUCUCUUUGCAAGCGUUACUCUCCGCUCCUGAGCCUGAUGAUCCACAAGAUGCUAUGGUAGCUCAGCAGUACAAAAACAGUUCCUGUAUGUUCUACUCUACUGCAAGGUAUUGGACGCACGUCUACGCUGGAGCCGCGAGUGGCGAUCGAGCAAGUGAGCAUAAAGAGUUCGACGAAAAAGUGAAGCAAUUGCAAGAUAUGGGCGUUUCGGAUGUACCGGCAAGAUCGGCGCUGUCAAUAUGUAAUUGGGAUCUUUCAAAAGCUGUCGAGCAGAUUUUCAAGUGAUCGUGUGGUAGCUAGAGAAGCUCAUUGUGGGAACGAUGAGCAAAAAAAUCGAAACCUUGCGUUUUUAUUCAUCGAGCCUGAUGAACUUCCGCGAUUUUUUUUUCAUCGCGUGCUGAGGUCAUUCCUGGGUGAUAGGUUUCAUCUUCGAGUCCCCCAUUAGUGCAUCACUUCGGGUUAAUUUUGGACCGCGUGCUCGGAUCGCUUUGACGUGUUUAUCUCAAGCAUCUCAUGUGUAUCAUUGUUCCUCUAAUUUUUCUUUUUUCCUAAACAAAAAGUUCGAUUGCCCUGGUUUUCAGUUGUUUUUAUUUUAUGAAGCGUGGACCUGUUUUCACGAGAUAGAAAGCAUACCCAAGCUUCUGUUUAUAUAUUCUGAGACGAUGGCAUGCUGAAUUAGUUAUAUAGCUCCUACUGUAAAUUGCAGAAAGAUUAUCUCGUAAACUUCGAAGUAAGUGAUACCAUUCGGAAAGGAGAACCGAAAUUUCAAUUUAGGCAUGAAACACAUGUCCCGUUACAUCUUCUAUGAGUUUCAUUCUUGAAUUUUGAUAUGGCCUCUGUAAUAAUUUUACGUAGUCUCCGUUCCGUCAAAAUUCGUAAUUAAUUCAUCUUCGACCAAUAACUUAUCAACUACUGUGCUUCAGAAAAACGAAUGACACCUGUGAAAUAAUUUUCUGUGAUCCUUGUUCUCGACGAUUCUAGAAGACGUGAAAAGGCUGCUUUUCUUACGGAAAGCACAUGAUUUUUUCUAUGCAAUGAGCGAUUUUUAAACAUUUUAAAAUGAGGAAAUAUUUGGAAGGGUUGAAACGUGCUACAUGAUUCAAGAGGUCCAAAAAUGAAUGAAAAUCACCAGGCUCUUGAAUUGUCUGCAUUUAUUAAUGUUUUGAUGGGGGUGGGUUGUAAUUUUUCAUUAAAUUGUAUAGGAUGAAUUUGUAAUGUUCGUUCUAAUUUAGGCUGUUUUAAAGGAAAACAUCGUGAAUUGCGUGAUUUUGGCUUAAUCCCAGAGGUAUUCUCAAGUUGAUGAUUUUUUUGAAUCAUGGAAGCUCCUCUUGCCU